AUGUUGCGACUCACGGCAUACAACGUGUGGAUCGUGUGCGCCUCCUGUCUCGGGGCGUACUCGUAUGGAUUUUCCUAUGCAGUCUUUGUCACCUCCAUUGGAGAGCCGGGAUUCUUCCUCUUCUUUGGCUUGGACCCCACCUCAGACCAUACCGCCUCGAUAAUCGGGGCCAUCAGCGCGCUUUUCUGCGCCGGAGCAGCCUUCGGCGCCAUCCUACAAGGCUGGACCAGUGACAAAUACGGACGACGCCCGUCGCUGGCCAUCGGUGGUGCCAUCUCCAUAGUUGGCACCGCAGUGGUGGCUGGAUCAUGGAACAUGCCCAUGCUAUUCGUCUUCCGGUUUGUCACCGGCUUGGGCGUCGGGCAGCUCUUAGCCUUGGUUCCUAUCUACAUCGCUGAAGUGGCUCCUCCGCAUCGACGCGGGUUGCUGAGUGCCUUGACGGGCUGUGGCUUCUCCUUGGGCUACUUGAGUUCCGCCUGGAUUGGUUACGGCAUCUUUUUCACCAGCAAUAUGACGGCACAAUGGCGUAUGCCACUGUGUCUGUGUCCGAUUGCACCCAUCGGCCUCGUGAUCGCAUGUUAUUGGAUCCCCGAGUCUCCCAGAUGGUUGAUCUGGAAUGGUCGAUCUUCCGAAGCCUGGGUGGUGAUCCAGAGGGUACACCACGAUCCCACUGACGCGCAAGAUGUUGCGGCUCAUGCGGAAUAUAUUCAAAUCCAGCGGCAAGUGGAGCAUGACAAACAGUUCAGUCCAACCUACCUGCACAUGUUCACCGUGCCCUCGUGGAGAAAGAGAACACUGAUCGCCAUGUUGGUCAUCUUCGCGGUGCAAUCAGCCGGCCUGAAUGGCAUCACCACGUAUUUGAUCCUGGUGGCCCAGGGUGCUGGCCUCACCGGUUCCUCGUCACUUUUGAUUUAUGCCAUUUACGUGGUGAUUGCCGUGAGCUUCAACUUUGUGAAUGCCGCCAUCAUCGACCGGGUGGGACGGAGGAAGAUGCUUCUGACGGGGAUUGCCUGGACAGGACUGAGUCUCCUCUCGGCCGCUCUGCUCGAAUGGAAGUAUACUGGCACGGGCAACAAAUCAGGAAAUUCGGCGGCGAUAUUUUUCAUCAUGAUCUUUGGUCUGGGGUUGGGCUUGUUCCUUGACCCGACGCAGUUCACGUGGUGCUCCGAGGUGUUCCCAACCAUCAUCAGGGCCAAGGGUCUCACCAUUGCUCUUUUCACCUACUUUGUGGCCACCAUUCUGUACACGGCUCCGGCCCCGACCGCGUUUGCAAACAUUGGAUGGAAAUACUACCUGGUGUUUGUCGCCUGUGACGUUGUCAGCUUCAUCACCUUAUACAUCUGGAUGCCCGAGACCACGGGUCUGACGCUGGAGGAGAUGGGCAAAUUAUUUGGCGACGAAGUGGUCACUCACUUUUCCCAAGAUGGCCGCGGACUUGUCGAGGUCGAUGCCAUGGCCGCCUUUGAGGAGAAGAUUGACUCGGCACAGGUUGAGAAUAUCAAGUCGGAGGCAGAGACGGGGAAUGGGCCUCACGAGAAGCAUAUCAUUGAAGAAGGGAAGCAUGCCCAGUGA